AUGGGUGUUCCGAAAUUCUUCCGCUGGCUGAGCGAGCGGUAUCCCGCCAUCUCGAUGCUGAUCGCAGAGAGCCGGAUACCGGAGUUCGACAGCCUAUAUCUUGAUAUGAAUGGCAUUAUUCACAACUGUACCCACAAGGACAGCGAUUCCCCAACGUUUCGCAUGACGGAGGAUCAGAUGUUUAUUGCCAUCUUCAACUAUAUCGAGCAUUUGUUUGGAAAGAUUAAGCCCCAGAAGCUUUUUUUCAUGGCCGUGGAUGGUGUGGCGCCACGCGCCAAGAUGAACCAACAACGAGCACGCCGAUUCCGCACGGCGUUGGACGCGGAAAAUGCCAAGGAGAAGGCAAUCGCGCAAGGAGUGGAGAUGCCAACAGAGGACGCAUUCGACAGCAACUGUAUUACUCCCGGUACCGAGUUCAUGGCGAAACUCACGCAGCAGUUGAAAUAUUUCAUCAACAAGAAAAUCUCCGAGGACACAGACUGGCAAGGUGUCGAAAUUGUGCUUUCAGGCCAUGAGGUCCCGGGAGAGGGAGAACACAAGAUCAUGGAGUACAUCCGGCGCGCAAAAGCGCAGCCCGAUUACCAUCCGAAUGUCCGCCACUGUUUGUACGGCCUGGACGCUGAUCUGAUCAUGCUUGGUCUUCUCAGUCAUGACCCCCACUUUUGCCUUCUCCGAGAAGAAGUGACCUUUGGUCGCCAAGUAUCGAAGAAACCCAAAGAGCUGGAACAUCAGAACUUCUAUCUUUUGCACCUGAGCAUGGUUCGGGAGUACUUGGAAUUGGAGUUUCAAGAACUAGAGAAAGAAGGCGCUCUGGACUUCCCAUUUAACAUGGAGCGUGUGAUCGAUGAUUUCAUUCUCAUGGCAUUUUUUGUUGGAAACGAUUUCCUUCCCAACUUACCGAACCUGCACAUCAACGAAGGUGCUCUUGCGCUCAUGUUCAAGAUAUACAAGGAGGUGUUGCCGAAGAUGGGCGGAUAUAUCAAUGAACAUGGUGUGAUCAACGUGCAGCGCCUGGGAACACUUGUGGAGGCCUUGAGUGACGUCGAACACCGAUUUUUCGAGGCUGAAAAUUCCGAUGCCCAAUGGAUCAAGGCCAAGAAGAACGGAAACGAUGGCACACUCGAAGCGCAGAAGAACCCUAAGACUCUGACAAUUACUCCAGCACAGAAAGAACUUCUGAAGCAAAUCAAGAAGUACGUCUUGAACCGACCUGAGAACGGCUCAGAAGCCAAGCCCUUGGACUUCCCGCCCACACUGCCAGCGCGAGACCGCAGUUUCAUCGAAAAGCUUGCGGAUGAGCUUCGGGUACCUUGGUCAACAACAGAGAAUGAGAAUGGGGAUCGGUCCAUGAGGCUCCAGCAUCCUCAACCCAAAGACGAUGACGAUUCCGAAGACGACGACGAAGAAGCAUCCAUGGCGGUCCAACGUAUCAUUCGAAAGUAUGAGAAAGCCAAGAUCUUGGAUAUGACUUCCGAGGAAGCGCAGCAGGCCGCGGAGAAGAAGUAUGAGGCCAAAUUCGAACAGUGGAAAGACAACUAUUACCGGACCAAGUUUGGAUGGGGCCUCGAUAACCACGAAGAGAUGCAGAAACUGACCGAGAACUACGUGCAAGGCCUGCAGUGGGUCUUGUUCUACUACUACCAAGGCAUUGCUUCAUGGCCCUGGUUUUUCAAAUACCACUACGCCCCAAUGAUCUCUGGUAAGUCACACGAGAGUGUUAUGUUUGUUACUAUGAGUACUAACAAUAGAGUAGAUGUGAAGAAGGGUCUCGGCGCGGACAUGAACUUCCAACUAGGACAACCCUUCCGACCUUAUGAACAGUUGAUGGGCGUCUUGCCGGAUCGCAGCAAGACGAUUGUGCCCCCCGCGUACCGGGACUUGAUGACUUCACCCGAGUCCCCCAUCAUUGAUUUCUACCCUCGUGAUUUCGAACUGGACAUGAAUGGAAAAAAGAUGGAGUGGGAAGCGGUCGUCAAAAUCCCCUUUAUUGACGAACAGCGGCUGCUGGGCGCUCUCAGGACGAGAGAUAGUCUACUGACCCCGGACGAGAAGGCCAGAAACGACUUUGGAGCUAGCCUCAAGUUCACCUUUUCACCGGAUGUGAACUAUAUCUAUCCUUCUUCUAUGCCUGGUGUGUUCCCGGACCUUCCGAACUGCCAUUGCAUUGAAAACGUCUUCGACCUACCCACUAUGGAUGGACUGGAACCGUACUCUGGGUUGAUGGACGGCGUGCAUUUGGGCGAGGCCGCGCUGGCCGGCUUCCCCAGUCUUAAGACCUUGCCCCACUUCGGCCAAUUGGCUUUCCACGGUGUCUGUGUCUUCCAACAGGAGAGUCGCAACGAAAGUCAGGUCAUCACUCUCAUCGACCCCGCAAGCCGGUCAAGCGUUGAGUUGGCCAAGACAAAGCUUGGGAAACGAGUCCAUGUAGGAUAUCCAUUCCUACAAGAAGCUCUGGUGAUUCGGGUCUCGGAUGAGCUUUUUGACUACAUCCUUCCCCCUGGGGAAGAACACCCGGUUUCCAUCCCCCACACCCCUCAACAGAUCGAACAGUUCAAGAAGAAGGCCGAUAAGAUCGAAGGCACUUACAGCAGGCGUCUCGGCAUGAUCAUUGGAGAUGUCGAGGCCAUGGUGCAUAUUCAGCUGCUCAAGGGCAUGAUCAAGACCGAAGAGGGUGCCACCAUCAAGGAAUUCGCUGAUAUCCCUGGACAAGAAACCGACUAUGCUCUUCAGGUGGUGGUUGAUGAAGUGGUAAAUCCGGACGUGCGGUUUAUCGAGCGAGAGGCUUUGCCUAUCGAGGAAGAAUUCCCCGAGGGCUCUCGUGCCUUUUUCUUGGGAGACUUCAACUACGGCAGACCAGUGCACGUCACCGGCUAUGAUGAUGGCAAGAUCAAUGGGUUGAUUGCGGCUGUGAAAGGCCGCGAGCCCGACUUUGCCAAGGAGCGUGUGAACCAGGCUGAGAACUAUUUCCCAUACAUGCCCUCAUAUGCUGUUGCACGCAGCCUCCGUCUGAAUGCCCUGGUUCUUGCAAAGAUUACUUCCUCUUUCACUGUGGAGAUCGAAGGCCAGCGCGUGAACUUGGGCCUCAACCUCAAGUUCGAGGCGCGGAAGCAGAAAGUCCUGGGAUACUCCCGUCGUGGAGAUUCCGGUUGGGAGUUCAGCCAGAAAGCCGUGGAACUGAUUCAACAAUACAUGAUCAAGUUCCCCGAGUUUAUCGCUGGAAUCCAGCGCAACCCUCAAGGCGACAAGUUCCGCCCAACCGAUUUCUACCCAGAGGAAGUGGCCAUGGUGAAGAUUAAGGAAAUCCGCGACUGGCUCAAGUCCAUUGAGUCGAAGAACUUUGAGCGCGUGCCACUGGACGCUGAACAGCUCGAUUCUGAUGUGGUCAUGUUGAUCGAGCAGGACGCUGACCGCCUCGUUCAAUCGCAGCCGCAGAUGCAGCCGAAGAAGGUUCGUGGCGUCCCUCGCAGCGCUCUUCUCCGACCUGCCGAUGUCGAGCACCGCCUGGGCAACCAGACCUUCAAGCUCGGUGAUCGGGUGGUGUAUGCUCAGGAUUCCGGCAAGGUGCCCAUCGCUACGCGUGGUACUGUGGUUGGCUUGACGAGAACCCCGCGAACGCUCUUGCUCGAUGUUGUCUUCGACGUCUCUUUCAUGAGCGGCACAACGUUGGGAGAUCGUUGCUCCCCAUUCCGCGGACAGACUGUUCUGGCAUCGUCUGUUCUGAACAUCUCCUACCGACAACUCCUUGCUACUUCUCGUGCUGCAACUAGCCAGCAGGCCCGCACACAAGCCACUCCUUUGACAGUCGCGGGAUACGGCACACCUCUGGGACCGAACGGACAAGGUCAGCUGAGAGACGCAUCGGCACCUCCUCCGCUACGAGGUUCUUUCCGAGGCGCUGUAUCGGGACAGACCAAUGGGUCCGGCCGUGGAGGUCGCGGUGGCAUCAAUGGCACCCUGCCCUUCCGUGACGGCCCCCCGCGUGGUCCUCGCGGCCGUGGUGGUGCCAACGGGCAUCGUGGCCGUGGCGGCUAUGUUACUGUCGAGAACACUGACCCGACUGAGGGCAUCGUCCAGAACAACCCCAACUUCCGCCCGCAGAACUACACUCAGGUCCCGCCGCCACAGGGCAUGGAGCAACGACGCGGACGGGGCCGUGGCCGUGGGAAUGGAUAUCGCGGGAGAGGACGUGGCCGUGGUGGAGCUGUGCAGACAACUGAGUGA